AUGUUUAGGUUACGUUUAAUCUUAGUAUUUCUUGUGGCGUUGCUGGUGUUUUCCUUUUUUCUUUUGUUGAAUUAUUUUGCGGAAGAAGAGCGAACGACUAAACGAUACUUUUCUGAGUACAAACUAGAAUUUAAAACUGCGAAUGAAGAGCUAGGAUUGAUUAAACAUGGAAUUGAAAGCAUAAGAAAUGACAUCGGAGAGUUGAAAAGACAACGCAGUCCUCGAGUAGAAUUUAAGAAAAGGACUAAAAUUUUACCAAAAUGGAUCGAGCGUUUUGCAACGCCACAUUGGUCCGAGUUCAGACCGUGGCGUGGAGUAUUCGUGUUCUUUGUCACCUACCGUUAUUCGUAUCUUAGAAAAUGUCUGGAAUCAAUCGCGUUCGCUUCGGCAGAUAUCGACAAGUCUUCGGUUUGCAUAUUCGCGCUGGACCGGACGCCGGUGACUACGGAUCGCGAAGUCAAUGAAACGUUGGAAAUUAUAAGGAAUGUAACGUUUUGUAAAGUUGUUGUGUGGAAGAUCGAGGGAAGGAGCAAGGAAAAGAAUUAUGCUUUGAGGUUAAAAGGGCAUUGGUGGUUUGUGUUGGAGAGCGUUUUUAACGCUACGAUAAGCGGUAUGUAUACCAUGGGUGGUCUCAGUAAGCGAGAUGUUCAUGGUCUCGGUAAGCUAGAAAAAUAUUGUUCAUGGUCUCAGUAAGCGUUUAUAUUACAGAUGGUGCAUGGUCAACUACAGAAAUACUGACACUUGUUAGAGAGUGUCCCUUUACGGCGUGGGUAAAAAGUCGUGUGUCGUGGGUAACGUCGUGGACAAAUGUGACUAAGCGUUUAUACUAUUAAACCUUUAGAAUUAUCUGCAUGCGAUUUUAGCAUAUUUUACGGCCUACUACUUUACACUCGACUUUUCACUCAUGGCAUAAAGGGACACUCCUUGUUAGAUAAAUUUGACUAACGUUUCUUUAUAUCCAAUUCACAUGCCUAAUUAUCAUUGUUCUAGUAUACCAUCUGCUGUACGAUGCCACGAUAGUGCUCAGUGAAGCCCACCAAUAAGGAGUCCAUUUUCUUUUAUGUUUUUGAUAACAAAAAGCUAACCGUAACGACCUACUCUUUUUGCACCUACAGGCAGCUCGUUCGAUGGUUUGUUGCUGGGUUACAAGCACGAUAUCUUAUUUGUCGAAGAGGACACUGUUCUAUCACCAGACUUCAUGAAGGUCACGUGGUAUGCAAGCGAAGUGAAGCGACGUAAUGCUGACGUCAUACAGUUCGCGCUGGGAGGGUGGUCUGGGGAGAAUAUGAUCAAUGCACAUCCGGACACGUUCACCGUGCGCACUGCGCGCGUUCUGCGUGGAAUCGCGUAUGGUAUCAACCAAUCAACUUGGCUGUAUUUUAAAACCCUCGAGAGUGACUAUUAUGCUGAUAAACAACAUGACUGGUGCGAGUCCAUGGGAUUGGUACUUGGGAAACAUAACAACGAUACUGGCUUUAAGAUAGUUGUACCCACUCUAAGUCGUAUUUGGCAUAUAGGUGAGUUGAGGUGUGGUUAGUGAAGUAACUUUGAUAUUGGACAGCUCUACCGGAUCUAAACUAUCCUUCCCAGAGGUCCAUGAGUUGGAAUUGUGGCGUUAGCAGUUUACACGCCAGAAUGAUGAGAUUUGACAUUAACUACGGCAUUCACGAUUUCUAUUUAUUUUUCACCCUGCUCGGUUUCCUUUGUUCUUAUCGGGGAAUAUAUUCCCCUCUAAUCAAUAUCCGUUUAAUAACCCCCUCUAAUAUUCACCUGUAAUGUCUUUGCAGCACAAAAAAUGAGAAAAACCUACAUAACGAAGGCAAUAUGGCAUUAAGAAUUGUUUCUAUUCUGACUCAUUAACGCGACCUCGCAAUGUGAAGAAUAAGUACGUUAUUUUGAGGCACCUUGAAUAAAUCACAUAUCCCCUCGUUUCCUCAAAAUAACCUAUACAUGCACAAAUUUCCAUGUCAGUGGAUACGAUCAACUGCGCUUUACAUCAAGUAUUAUACGUUCACCUAAUUACAUACUUAUCCUAGAUAAUUACAUACUUAUCCUAUACUUUAUAACAAUUGUGAUAUUACUUUCUUAACUGUGUUUAUCGUAACCCACCCUGUCAACUUUCCCUGUGAGAGAAAACCAGAAAAAAUCACGAUUUUCACAUUUUCAAGCUCAAUAUAUUUCUCUUUGUCUUUUAGGUAAGCGCGGUUUAGGGCCUGGAGGCGACUUUUACUGGGAACGUGGAAUAACAGCACAACCUAAUUGGGCGCUGGCGAGCAGAUUACUGGAUUUAAAGCAUGCUCAGGUUAACCUGGGCCUUCGGGAUUUAUUCGGCUUCCUCUGUAAGAAAAGGGUAGAAUUCUGGUUUCUUAAAGACACGGAAUGUCACUACAGUAUGGCAAGGUGGAAGGGAAAUGAUAGAAACAGAAUAAUGUGCGUCAAACAGCCGUAUGUCACCGACCCUUGUGAUGUAUAUGUGUGA